ACUUGUUUAGAUUGAAUGAAUUUGAAUUGGUGCUUACUUUAUCUGGUUUAUUAUCAAAGUAUACUGUUUUAAGAAAUAUUUGUUUCUGCUUCGUGUUGAUAACAAACGGGAUUCCCCUCCUGCUGAUAAUUGGGACUUAAGCGUUGGAGGUGUUAAUUUGUAAAUUAAUAAUGUUGGUGCAAUAUGUUAACUAGAUCACUUUUUUUCCUGAGUUGUGAUAAUAGAUUUUGGUAAAUUUAUGAUGGAAAGUGUUAAUGAUAAACCCCAAGGCUUAGUUGCCCGAAUUUCUACUCUUUUAAACAAUGAACUUUGCUGUGAUGUGGUAUUCCAUGUUUUAUAUAAUGGGCAGAGGUCAAAAUUUUAUGGUCAUAGUGCAAUUUUGAUUGCGGCUGGAAAGGAAUUUCCCGAUUUGACGAAGCAAACAUCUCACCCAAAAGUUAUAAAAGUUUCUGGCUUUCCCCCUCAGAUCGUUAAGAUGAUGUUGACGUACCUAUACACAGAUGAAUUAAACAUUUUAAGCAUGGAAAAUGCUGUAGAUUUAUACACAUUAGCCCGUAUGUAUUGUAUUGAUGAUCUUGAGAAGUUAUGCACCAACUACAUCACCAAGGAAGAAGUUAAUAUUGAUAAUUUGUUUGUUAAAUAUGAGAGUGCUCUUUCUUGUGAUUUUCCAAAAUUACUUGAAAAUUGUCGAGAUUUAGUUCAGUCUGAGACCAAAGCUGUUUUUGCAUCAAGAUAUUUUGGUGAAGCCCCUUUUGAAGUAGUAGAAGACAUAUUCAGCCUGGAUCAUUUAAAUGUGUCCAGUGAACUUGAUGUCAUACAAGCAGCGUUUCGUUGGAGUGCUUGUGAAUGUAGACGGAAAGGGAGACCAACUGAAAAACUUUGUAUUAGAGAUGCCAUUGAUCCACUUCUGAAACAUUUGAGGUUUUUAUCUUUAUCAGCUGAUGAAUUCUGUGAUUUUGCUGCUAAAGAUGAUAAUAUCUUUACUGGUUAUGAAACCGCUUUACUUACAAGAAAAAUAUUGCAACCAGAUUAUAAAGGAGAAUUCCCUAAAUAUCUUUGCCCAGUUUCUAAACCAAGGCAACCAGGUAUUAAAACUAAUGACCAUAAGGGUGAUAUGAAUAAUUUCACUGAUUUUUAUUCUGUACCAGUGAAUAAAAAUACUGAUCAGUAUUCUGAGCCACUUCUUAAAAGUUCAUUAAAAAGUCCUUAUUUGGAACCUGAUAAUAAAAAUACUUUUGCAGGUCUUUAUUCUGAGCCGGAUAAGAAAAUUGCUGUUAAAAGUCCUAAUUCUGAAUUUGUUUUUAGAAGUAAUUUUAAUGAUCAUUAUUUUGAACAAGGGAUUAGAAGUAGUCCAAAUGAUUGUUUUUCUGAACCAUCUAACAAAAAUAAUUUCAAUAACCAUCAGUUUGAAUCAGCUAGUGGAAAUAACUCUAAUGAUAGUUCUUCUGAACCAGUUAAUCACGUGAAAUCUGUUACAGAAGAUGCUUUGUUUUUUCAUCAAAAUGUUGUUAAAAGACUUUCUGCAUUUCCAAAACCUGAACAAACGCCUCUCUUUCAAAAUAAUCAAAAGAAAUAUACACCUAUGCUUAAAGUCUUUCCUCAGACACAGAUGGGAAAACAGAUACAGUUAGGAAAACAAACAUUUGAUUUCCCAUUGCAAGAAAUAAAAAAGGGCAUUAAAUUUGCUUCUUCUCAAGAUAUUAAGUGCAGUGCUAAUAUUCGAAUGCGAACAGGCGCCAUUAUGAUAUAUGGAAUUGAACUCAAAAUUGCUGAUCCAAAAUUAUUUAAUCCUGAUGAAUCUUUUGAAGUAUUUUCAUUGAUUUCUAACAAUUAUAUGGCCAAAGAUGAGAAAUUUGAAUUAAAGUUAAAGAACAGUACGCUUUCUUUAAUGUAUACUGAACCUCUUCGAGUCACUACUACAAACUCAACUGAUAUUGAAAUUACUAUUGAAGAUCUACAUUUAAAUCGUUGUUUUAUAUGCCAUGGACAAACUUAUGAACUGAAUUGCGGUUUGAAUAUUAAGGCUGAAAUUUCUGUGAAAAGCAAUCGAUCUAAUGGGCAAGAUAAUAUCUUAUAUUUGAUAAGCCGUAUAAUUUACAGCAGCUCAACCUAAUUUCAUUUCGGUGAAAAAUUAUUAGGAAAUGGAAUAUUCAUUAUGUGAGUUUUCAAAGUUACUAUUCAAAAUUAUAUUUCAUAAUACUGUAUGAUUAUGGCACAUCUCAACAUUGACUUUUUUUUUUUUUAAAUUUAUCAUUCCAAACUAUGUUCCAUCUAAUCAUCAAAGCACGAAUAAAUUUUUGGGAUCAGUGCAAAAUUAUAUAAAGGAAACUGCCAUUUGUAAUUAGAAAACUUCAUUAUAUAUUUUAUCAACUAUAUCAUACUAAGUGUUAUAUUAUACAAUUGUUAAAAUUUUAUAAGAAUUCAUUGUUAACUUGUAUCUAAUAAAUUUUAUUCCACAUUAUUUUUAAAAAUUUAUUAUUAUACAGAUAAUGCUUUUAAAAUAUGUAUAGGUAAAAUCAUGACUCACUGAUAUUAAUUAUUCAUAUCAAUAUAGAUAAGCGUUAUUAGAAAACCUUUGAUUUCUUAUGAAAGGGAAUUCUUUCUCUUAAAUAUAAUUUUCUGAUUAGGAAGUUCCUAAAAUGCUCAAGUUCAGGACAUUGAUCUUAAGAAAUAGGACAUAUAAGCUUAUAAAUAAAAUUAAAAUGUUUACCCCUAUCUGUAUUAAAGUUUUUAAUCUAUCUUUUUGAAAAUCAAACUUGAUCAAUUUCAAGGAAUGUAAGUGUCCUAACAAAUUGACUACCAAUCACUGUAACAUCUGAUCAAUCUCAAUGAUUGAACAACCUCUGAUGUAUAAUAACUUCAUUACAAGAUAAACUUCAUUACAAGUAUUUUCUGAUUAAUUAGGCAUGAAAAAUGCCUAAAGUUACAGAACAUUUCAAUGUGCAUCGGACUCAUUUGCAUAUUGGUAUUGAGGAAUUUUUGUCAAAAAUGUUUGUGACCAUGAUUUUUUUUUUCUUUUUUCUAAUAAUGAAUCUGAAAAUUUUUUAAGAUAUACCUUGUAAAGAGUAUAUUGGUGUCAAUAUAUUGAAUGUUAACUCUGGUGUAUGUUGAUUGUUUUUUGUUUAUGAAAGUUAGCUUAGCCUCUUUUUUAAUAACUGUAUCAUAUGUAAAUAUAAUUAUACUUUCAUUUGCUUGUUAUGAUUUUUUUUUAAUAUUAUUUGAUUUACCAAUUUUCUGUUUUUAAUUCAUUUUUAUCAGUUAAAAUUAUAAGUAAACUGUUAAUGUUUACAUGCUGGCAUAUUUUUUGCAUUUUGGCUCUUAGAUGCUCCUCACUAAGAAAUGGUUUUUAAAAUUUUAAUGAAAAU